AUGAAGUCAAUCGCGAGAUGCGCCCGCCUGGCGGCGUCGGUGGUCAGCAGCCUCGAGCGACUGUCGCAUCCGCAGUCUCCGAGCCCGUCGCUGUUACUCCGACAGAUCUCUGGUCUGAGAACCUUCCACAGUUCGCCGACAAGACUGCAGGAGAAGAACAAGCUACCAGAAAAAGACAGCUUAUCCUUCAGAGGUCAACUGUAUGAGAGUACCGCCGACCGGCUCAAACGGGAACGAGAGUCUGAAGCGCGAUACAUCCAAGCCACGAGAACUCGCAGAGCUGGUGAAGGACGGUCCCUUGCACUCAGUAUUGUCAUAUUGUCUGUUGCUGGUGCGGGCUACUGGCUAGGGUCCCGAGGCGAAAAAGCCCUCGAUACAUCCUCGACCACUCCGCUCUCUCGCGCCCAUCCUCCCCAGCUCGAUACACGAACUUCCGUCUUACAAGCCGCAUGGGUGGACUUUGCCCAGAUCGUGGGCAAGGACAAUGUCUCGACGGUGCCAGACGACCUCGAAGCGCACUCCGGUUCAGAAUGGUCAUCCUACACGACCAAGCCUAACGAGCGACCCUUUGCCAUUGUGUAUCCCGCUUCAACCGAGGAAGUCUCCCAAAUCAUGCAGGUGUGCCACAAGCGGAAGAUUCCAGUGACGGCGAUUUCCGGAGGUACCAGUCUCGAAGGACAUUUCGCGCCCACACGGGGCGGGAUAUGCAUUGAUAUGGGAAGAAUGGACAAGAUCUUGCAAUUCCACCCUGAAGAUUUGGACAUUAUCGUACAACCUGCUCUGGGCUGGGAAGACCUGAAUGAAUACCUCAAGGGACACGGCAUGUUCUUCCCACCAGAUCCAGGUCCAGGGGCCAAAAUUGGAGGUAUGGUCGGGACAGGAUGUUCCGGCACCAAUGCCUACAGAUACGGGACUAUGCGCGAAUGGGUGAUCUCUCUGACGGUCGUCCUGGCGGAUGGGACUGUGAUCAAGACUAGACGACGACCUCGCAAGUCUAGCGCAGGCUACAACUUGACCCAGAUGUUUAUCGGCAGCGAAGGCACUCUCGGUAUCGUGACGGAAGCGACACUAAAAGUGACGGUACUCCCCAAAUGCCAGUCGGUUGCUGUUGCGACUUUCCCCUCCAUUCAUGCCGCAGCUGAAUGCGUGGCUAAGGUGGUUGGCGACGGGAUCCAGCUUGCCGGAAUAGAAAUAUUGGAUGACGUGCAGAUGAAGUGUAUCAACAAAAGCGGCAUGACUAGCAGACAAUGGCAGGAAGCGCCAACGUUAUUUUUCAAGUUUGCUGGCACGCCGGACGGGAUCAAAGAGCAGAUUCGGACUGUGCAAAAAAUGGCCAAGGGCACCAAAAACAAAAGCUUCGAAUUUGCUAGGAACGACGAUGAAGCUCUGGAGCUCUGGAGCGCCAGAAAGGAAGCGCUCUGGAGUGUAAUGGCUAUGCGAAGGGACGAGACCGACCAUGUUUGGACAACCGAUGUGGCCGUCCCUAUCAGCAGACUCGCCGACAUCAUUCAAGAAACCCGCGACGACAUAGCGAACAGCGGGUUACUGGCUGGAAUUUGCGGGCAUGUUGGCGACGGCAACUUCCACACCAUCUUGCUGUAUAACGACGCCGAGAAGCAAGUCGCCGAGGACGUGGUCCAUCGCAUGAUUCGGCGCGCGAUUGCCAUGGAUGGAACGGUCACCGGAGAACAUGGCGUCGGCCUGAAGAAGCGGGAGUAUAUUCGGGAAGAGUUGGGUGAUGAUACUGUCGACGCUAUGCGCAGGCUCAAGCAAGCAUUUGACCCUUUGGGCUUGCUCAACUGUGAUAAGAUUGUGCAGCUGGAAGCAGGUCAUUGA